AUGAGACCACGGACUAUGCUCAAAUUUCGAAGUAUUCACCACGUCAUCGUCUUGAUACUCGUGGCGUGGGCCAUAGUCUUUGCCUACCAUGAACGUUAUUCUCCAUAUAAGGCAGCAGCACGAUGUCAGUGGCCGCAAAUAAAUGUCGAGUCUUCGGCCGAGCAGCAACAGCCAGUGGUUAUAGAUGACCAGAAUCCCGACUCGGUCGCCAGUAACGACGUUAUCAACAUCAUGUUGGUCGCAGAUCCUCAACUCAUCGAUAGCCAUACUUAUCCUGGACGAAACAAAUUGUUGCUCAAGCUCUCUCAACACACGGUAGAUGUGUAUUUGAAGAAAAAUUACAAGGCAAUGUUGCGGGCACUUAAUCCCUCCUAUGUAUUCUUCUUGGGAGACUAUUUGGACAACGGCAGACUGUCCACGGACAAAUAUUUUCGAGGACAACUCGAACGAUUCAAUUCUAUUUUCAAGCGAAAAAAGUACAAGAAGGGAAAAAAAUGGAUGAUAAAUUUACCAGGAAACCACGAUAUCGGCUGGGCCGAUGGGGUCAAGAUUCCAUCCCGCAAGCGCUUCAAAAAGUACUUUGGAAAUCCCAACUCUGUCAAGGUGAUCAACAAUGUUGAGUUCAUCUCGUUGGAUACCAUUUCUCUUUCGGCUAUGGAAGAAUCCAUCUACGGUCCAGCUCGCGAGUUUUUCGAUACCAACUUUGGAACUUCGAUAGUCAAGACGAAGCCUCGGGUUUUAUUUACCCACGUACCUCUUUACAGAGAUCCUAAUGAACUUACAUGUGGACCCCUUCGAGAGAGCUCGGUAUUCCACACCUCCAAAGGCUAUCAAUACCAGCUGGUUCUCUCUCCAGAAUUGUCCAGCGACAUCCUUAAUCGAAUAAAGCCCGAUUUGAUUUUCUCUGGCGAUGAUCACGAUUAUUGUGAUGUUAACCAUCCGUCACCUUCUGGAGAGAAUGAAACUUUUCGUGAAAUAACCGUCAAGUCGAUUAGUAUGGCGAUGGGUAUUAAGUACCCAGCUAUUCAAAUUCUUUCGUUUGCCAAUAGCGGCAACGAUAACGAUUACAACAUUCAAAAUCAAUUCAAAUAUGAGACAAACCUAUGUUACUUGCCCACACCAUACAUUAAUAUUGCAUGCUAUGUCGUCACCGCAGUUGUGUCUGGACUCGUUCUUCUUUGGUACGACCUUUCGCGCAAACAUCCUCGCCACGGAUAUGCGACACUCCCACUCGCGGGUCAACCGUCUACAGUCUCUACAACUCGAAGAAUCUCCGAUUUUUUGAAGGAACAAGAUGAAGCAAAAGAGGUCGUUAUGAGCUCGAUUCCCAACUAUACAAAUACCAAAGUGCCGCAAGAAUCCAUGGCAGAAAAAAUGAAGGAAUUAGGUGCAAUGCUUAAGAGGACAGGAUUAGUGCAAUUUUUGAAACAUGCCGCAAUCACUGGCAUGCUUGUCAUACUAUUGUACACUUGGUUCAUUGUUACAGCUUAG